AUGUUGGAACGUUUGCGCAGAGCUGGUGUUUUGCAUGGAAGUUCUACGAUGAAAAAGGAUGCAGACAGCUGUUCGUCUGAUGACCGACCCAUUAUGAGUGACACAGACUCACAAAUACCAACGUGCAAGAUUGUCCGCACCGAAGGCACUGCGAUACUAACGCCGGAGAAGGCCCUGCUCGCCAAACUGGAGGAGGAGAAUAGGAAGAUCGAGGCGGACGCCAAGAGCCCCUCGCUCAACAACAUUCACAGCAGAAAGAGCUCGGACACAUCUCAAAUAUCCUUGACCUCGGCCACGUCGAGCCAGGAGACCCAAGAUGCUCGGGUUGGAAGUAAUGGAGAGGAGGACCUGUGGGGUCUUUGGGGGAGAGUCGUCACCAAUUGGGAAACGGAGUGGAAGCGAAGGAAUCAGUUUGUGCGCGACCUCGUGAGGCAGGGGGUGCCGCACCACUUUAGGGGAAUAGUGUGGCAGCUACUGGCCGGUGUCGAGUCGUCGCCGGAGAAGAACCUCUAUGCUUCUUAUAUCAAGGCUAAGUCAGCAUGCGAGAAGGUUAUACGGCGCGACAUCACUAGAACGUACCCGGAGCACGACUUCUUCAAGGAGAAAGAUGGCCUGGGGCAGGAAGCACUCUUUAACGUGAUGAAGGCGUAUUCCCUGCACGACAGGGAAGUUGGAUACUGUCAGGGUUCCGGGUUCAUUGUCGGACUGUUGUUGAUGCAGAUGCCCGAGGAGGAAGCGUUCGCAGUCCUCGUGAAGAUUAUGCAGCAGCACAGGAUGCGGGAUAUGUUCAAACCAAGCAUGGCCGAGCUUGGUCUCUGUAUGUUCCAGCUGGAGAACCUGGUGCAAGAGCUUUUACCUGAGCUUCAUGUACACUUUCAAUCACAGAGCUUCAUAACCUCAAUAUACGCUAGUAGCUGGUUCCUGACGCUAUUCACGACCACGCUCUCUCUCUCGUUGGCAUGCAGAAUAAUGGACGUGUUCCUUUCUGAGGGCAUAGAAAUCGUAUUCAAGGUGGCAAUAGCUCUGCUCACCCUUGGCAAAGACGAUCUUUUGUCGCUGGACAUGGAAAACAUACUUAAAUACAUUCAAAAAGAGUUACCAGCGAAGGCGGAAGCGGACCAAGACUCGUUCAUGAACCUGGCUUAUUCGAUCAAGGUGAACCCGAAGAAAAUGAAGAAGCUCGAAAAGGAAUAUACGACGAUCAAAACCAAAGAACAGAGCGAUAUUGCAGCUUUAAGAUGUCUCCGUCAAGAGAAUCGUCUGCUGAAGCAGCGGGUGGAACUCCUGGAGAAGGAAAGUUCAGCUCUCGCCGAGCGGCUGGUCCGCGGCCAGGUUGACAGAGCUGAGGGGGAAGAGGAGACGUUCGCCUUGGAAAGAGAGGUUCAUGCACUAAGGCGAGCUAACAUGGAUAUACAACAGAGGUUGGCAGUUGCCCAAGACGAGAUAAGAUCCCUGGAAAUGACUAUAGCAGAGAACAAUUCACGACAGUCUUCACUCGAGGGAUCGGAGAUGAACGUUGCUAAGGGCGAGGAGUUAGCUCGCUGCCUCCAGCGAGAAUUGGUGAGAGCGAGGCUCGAAGCAGCCGAGAAAGAGGCUACAGAGAGGGAACUUACCGCGAGAAUAGCGGACCUCGAAAACGAGAACAAAAUGCUGAGGAAACAGAGAGUGGACAACAACGUCGCACAUUUGCAAGAUGAACUUAUUGCUGUAAAACUCCGCGAGGCAGAAGCGAAUCUGUCCCUUAAAGAUCUCAGGCAGCGGGUUACUGAACUCUCCGAGACUUGGCAGCGCCAUCUUCAUGAGCAUCGCCAGGAAGCGCCUCCACCAGCCGUGCAAUCGAAUAUGGUGUCCGAUAUAAUGGCCACGCCGAAAAAGCUACUUCGCGCCUGGGAGGGCAGGACCAGUGAAGUGCAGAAGCUGGACGAAGAACUGAUGACCACCAGGAUAAGGGAGGUCGAAGCACUCACUGAACUUAAGGAGCUUAGGUUAAAGGAAAUGGAGCUUCGCACCCAAGUGCAAGUAUCGACAAACCAAUUACGGCGUCAAGACGAGGAGUUGAGAGAAAUGCGCGAAGCGUUGGACAAUGCGCUGCAAAGAGAACGCGUGCUGCAGAGCAGACAGAGGGAGUUCCAGCAUAAAUACAACGAUCUCGAGAGCAAGGCUAAAUAUGAGUCGAUGCAGGCAUCUAUUAAGAAUAUGGAGGUAGCUCAAAGAAUAGCGGAGCUCGAAAAUGAAGUCUCUGAAUAUAAGCUAAAGAACGAAGUAAUGGCAACUGAGGGAGAACUUAGGAAUAACAAUCUAGACGACUCGGAGCGCGUUCGCGAACUGCAAGAGCAAAUUGCUGAAUUAAAAGCAGAGGUCAUGAGAUUAGAAGCAUGGAAGGCCCGCGCUCUCGGUCUCACCUUGACCCGGAGUGUUUCCCUCGAAGACGACCUCGAGGAAGAUGAGAAAUUGAAGCUGACACUGCGAAGAGAGUCAUCUACAUCUUUAGAGUCUAAGAAGUAA